AUGAACAACUUGUCGGCUUCAGAGGAAGAUGCCGAUUCAUUCAAUAUAUGCCAAUUUAUGUUGGUCGACAACCUGGAGAACCUCCGCAUAAUAAUCUGGGAUUUGAAUGUUCCUUUGGCCGAGUACCUUUCGGGAAAAAAUAUUACUCUUGUCGGCAUGCUACGCCAAAAUAAGAGAGAUAUUCGGAAAGAAAUGAAACCAUCUAAAGAUCGUCUAGUCUCAUCGUCAUUGUUUUGCUUCAGAGAUAGCGUCACAAUGGUGAGCUACGCACCGAAAAAAAAUAAAUGCGUAGUUUUGCUAAGCAGCAUGCAUCAUGAAGCACUUUUCAAUGAUGACGCUAAACGCAAGCCCGAAAUUAUUUUAUACUACAAUAAAACAAAAGGUGGUGUCGAUGUUAUGGACUAA